UCGUGGCUUCAAACCUUUCAAUUGUUCAAUUAGUGAAAAGUGCUAGGAACCUUACAAUGUCAGCUACUCCAGUGCAUAAAUUCCAAGUGGAAAUGACUUGUGAAGGGUGUUCAGGGGCUGUAAAGCGUGUUUUAGGAAAGCUCGAUCAAAUAGAAGAUGUGAACAUCGAUCUCCCAAGUAAAACUGUUCUAGUCACGUCGACUUUACCCUCAGAACAACUUCUGGAGACCAUCAAAAAGACGGGAAAGUCAACCACCUACAUUGGAUUGAAUAACUAAUUACUUUCACUACCAACUGCUAUAUGUUUUUUGUUUCUUUUAAAAAUAUUUUUAUAUUGAA